UGCUGCUGCUGCUCCAGUAUAAAGAGACACCCCCCACCCUCCCUCUCGUCCCAAACCACACCUAGACACCUAGUUCAACGACGCGCAGCACAGCAUGGGUCCAGCUCGUCGCCACCUCCACCACGCCGUCGGGGCGGCGCUCCUCGCCGCCGCGCUCCUGCUCUCCGCUGCCGUCCCGGGCGCCACGGCGCAGCAAGAAACAGAGGACGAGCACGGGUUCAGCUACGUCCCGGGCUCGCCGAACGGCCCGGAUCGGUGGGGCAAGAUCAACACGUUGUGGGCCGAGUGCAGCAACGGCGAGAUGCAGUCCCCCAUCGACCUCUCCGACGACCGCGUCACGCUGGUGCGCUCCCUCGGCUUCCUCAACUACUCCUACCGCCCCGCCGAGGCCUCCAUCGUCAACCGCGGCCACGACAUCCAGGUGAAGUUCAGCGGCGACGCUGGGAGGCUGGUGAUCAACGGCACGGUGUACCACCUGAGGCAGCUGCACUGGCACACGCCCAGCGAGCACACCGUCGACGGCCGCAGGUACGUCAUGGAGCUGCACCUGGUGCACCAGACCACGGAGAACAAGACGGCGGUGAUCGGCGUCUUCUACGAGACCGGCAACAUCCCCGACCUGUUCCUCAAGACGCUGGAGCCCUCCAUCAGGCGCAUCGGGGACACGCGGGACAGGGAGGAGCCCAUCGGGGUGGUCGACCCCAACGGCGCGCGCGCCACGGGCAGCGUGUACUACCGCUACAUGGGCUCCCUCACCACGCCGCCCUGCACCGAGGGGGUCGUCUGGACAGUCUUCAAGACGGUUCGCCAUGUGGCCAAGUACCAGCUGGAUAUUCUCAGGGAGGCAGUGGCUGACGGCUAUGAGGACAACGCGAGGCCGCUUCAGGAGGUGAACAACAGAGACAUCAGCAUCUUCCGCCCUAAGCCCUUUAUAUGGAAGUAAACAUUACUAGCGAUAGAUGCAUAUUGGGCUGACCAACAGGGAUACCACAUCGCGACAGCUUAUUAUGGCAGACGACUAAUUUAUCUUGUAAUUCUCUCUAUUUCAGUGCCUUUCUAUACGAAUAAUUAAUAAAACACAGGAUCAUCUAUGUCCACAUUGAUGACCUUGCAUGGAUGUUUAGAAGAAAUUUUUUUUAC